CGUACAAUAAGCUUCAAGGCGGUUCUUCUACUUCAAUGAUCUGCUCAAACUCUGUCCACUUCUAAUGGCUCUCUCUUUCGCCUUAUAGAAAACUGACAAAUUCGAUUGCCAUUCGAGAUGAGAUCCUCCAGAGGCGGUGGUGGACGAGUCGAAUCUACCAGGCACAUCCACACUCUCCAUCGCCGUCUUCACGACGCUCUCAAUCUCGGUACCAGGUUUAAUGAACAAAACAAGAGAAAAUGGAUGUGCUCGGAUAAUGAGGUACAGAGACAUGUUGUUCGUUCCAUUGCAGCAUUUCUUGAAUCUGUUCCCAGGGAGUUAUGCUACCAUCACCUCGUGAAGGAUUCUAUACCUGAUAUUGUUUAUUCUUUGGUGUGGAUUCUUGAAGACAAGAAUGGGGCAGUGUCAAGCAUAGCAGCUGAUGUUGCUAUAAAGCUGUUCAGUGCUAUACCAAAUGCACUGUUAAAACCUUUCAUUUUGGACCUUUCUCAUGCUCUUUCAUGUUUGCUACCUGCUCGUCAAAUACAAACAUCUGCAGCAUGUGCUACAGCAUUGAAUUUGAUUCUUUCAAAUGUACCGAGUAAAAGUGAGGAAGCACUUUGGGAGAUUCUAAAAAAGACAGAAGUUGUUCUUCAUUUGAUUGGCACAAUUAAAGACUUUUCUGGAGCUAUGAACCCAGUUGAAUAUAUUCAACCUCUUUUUUCUCUUUUGAGUAUAAUACUCUCUAGGUGGCCUCUCUCUAGGUUUCCAGUUUGGAGUGAUGCAAAAUUGAUGGAAGGUUUGUAUGAUAUGUAUGCCAAGCCAGACUUUUCAGUUAGAGCUGAAGUUUUGAAGUUGUACUCUGCAAUAGCUCUAUGUGGUAUUGGUGCAAAGAAGCUUUUAGAGCGUGGAGAAGCAAUUCUGCAAGAAAUGGUGGAAUGCAUGGCCAGCUCACGCCCUCAUCAUGUUAGGAUUGAAGCAUUUAGACUUGCACAAUGUUUAGUGAUAAAUGAGGAGACCGGUUUGGAAAGGAUGAGUUCAUUUUGUGAACCAAUUGCCAGUGCCAUAUUAAAUGCAAUGACUGAAUGUAGUUUACAACCUGCAACAGUUACCAAUAAUCAGAUAUGGUUGCUUGAGGAGGCCAGUCGCUUGGCCUUAAUCACUCGUUGGGCUGGCCAACAUCACAAUUAUUUUUGGAAACAUGGAAUUGACAGAGCUCUCCUACAUCUUUUACUUGGAAAGUGUCCCAAACAACUAUAUGAAUGUACUUUGUCGUUGGAAGACCAGAUAAACAUUGCUCGGGAGGGUCUUAAGUCAAAUUAUUUUCCUGGAUUGAGGGUUUAUAUCUGGGAAAUUCUUGGUUCGCUUGCAACAAACUUCAAUGAAGAUGUCUACCUGAACAAAAGUUCAAACAGACCCCUAAUUGACAUGCUUCUAUCAUGUGCCUGUUUGGCAUUUGCAGAAUUAUUUAUGGGUUGGCGUCAAAUCUGUCAAAGUGAUGUUGUAAAUGCCUCAAAAAAUGAAUCAUUAUUGAGAGCUAUUAUGAUGAUGAUUUAUUCUCCUUCCAAUUAUAUUGCAUCAACGACGAUGUCUAUGUUAACAACGAUGCUAGAGCCGAAUAUUAAGUCAUAUUUGAAGGACUUCAGGCAUACACUGACGGGCAUCUCAUUUGGGACAAUUUCUGGUAUGCCAAAUAUUCUAAUAGUCGUGAACUUGUUAAGUUUAGUAUGUUGUGUAGGUCUGCCACAGUAUACAGUGUGGGACAAGAAUGCAGAAGGCAUGAAGGCAAUAGUCUCCUUUGUUAAGUGGUGCUUGAGUAAUGAAGUCCAUUUAGAUAGGCUGAGCUAUUCUCCACAUUUGCUUUUUAAUUUUCAUGAGAGAGCUUGCUGUCAGGGCCCUAACAAAGAAUGGGAGGGAAGAGAUAUCCUACUUUUAUAUAGUUUGGUGGGCCUGGCUGAGUUAAUUUUACAAUUACGCCCCCUGACAAAUGAAAGAGAAACAUCUUCUUUAUUAGUUGGAUUUGCUGAAGAUGAGUUAAUAAGCCAACUUCAGGAUAUCUGCAGAGGUAGUUACUCUCCGGGACUAAAGUGGUAUGCUGCAUAUGUCCUUAGUUUAUUGGGACUGUAUGGGUUUCCUAGUAAACUUGGGAACAGGAUUGGCAGAGCACUUGAUGGGGCUGACUAUUCAGACAUUCGUUUCAUUCAUACAAAUGGGAAGUGUCUAAAUGCCCAUGGUGUGAUUCUUGCAGCUCGGUGUGCAUCACUGCUGCCUCCUAACUGGCCACCUGUCAUUGAGAAAAUUCCUAAUCAUUCAUCCUCCUCAGACAAGAACUCAUCUGGAAAGAUUCAGAAAGAGGUUUGUUUAUCUUCACACGUUGAUGAUGAUGCAAUGGAGAAGUUACUUGAGUAUGUCUACAAGGGACAUCUCCAAACUGGAGAGGAACUUACAAAAAAGUUGAGAAGUCUUGCUAAACGUUGUAGAAUACAGACUCUGUUUCAUUUACUUUCUAGAAGAAGGCCGAAGUGGGGGGCACCUUUCCCCCACUUCAAUCUUGUGGCGGCUCUUGGUCCAGCUGGAUAUCCUUUCUCAGACAUCACCUUGGAGGCAAAAGCAACUAAGCAGACUAGUUGGAAAUGUGAUGUUUGCACGUUAUCUUUGCCACAUAUGCAUGUUCAUAAAGUAAUUUUGUGGUUAAGUUGUGACUAUCUAAGAGCCUUGUUACAAUCGGGAAUGAAAGAAAGCCACUCGGAAAUAAUUAAGGUUCCAGUUAGUUGGGAGGCAAUGGUUAAACUGGUGGAGUGGUUCUACUCAGACAAGCUGCCAGAUCCUCCAUGUGGGUGUCUGUGGUAUAAUAUGGAUGACCAAGAGAAGUUGAACGAGAUUCAAUCAUAUGUAGAGCUUUGUUGGUUGGCUGAGUUCUGGUUUCUGGAAGAUCUUCAGGAAGUGUGCUUGCAUGUAAUUGUAGUUUGUCUUGAUAUUGCCCAUCAUUUGUGGGUCAAAGUACUUCGAAUGGCUGGAGAUUUCUCUUUGUGGAAGUUGGCUGAAAUUGCUGCAGAUUAUAUUGCUCCAUUAUAUUCUCAACUUCGUAAUUGUGGUGAUCUCGAAACACUAGAUGAAAGGCUCCUGAGUAUGGUACGUGCUGCAUCUGUUCGACUUUCUCAAGAGGGUAACUAGAGCUCUGGGUUGUUAGACACCACUACGGAUCUGUCGCAUAAGGAUUCAUAAUCUGGGUAGCAAAGGCCUCAUAAUCUCAUGCCCAACAUUUUAGGAGAAACCACAUGAGACAAUGUCGGCAUCGGUAAGGAAUCUUUUCAGAUGAUUCUCGAGGUGCAACGUCAUGGAAAGUGUUUACAUAGUCAGCAUUGAAUAUAGUUAUUCCAGAGAGAUCUCUUGUAGUUAUGUUGUCAUAACAAUCUGAUUGCAAAUGAAGACAUUGUUGCGGGGCAUUACAAUUGUAACCGGUCGUAUCCCUCGCUUCUUUGCCUCAACUACCCUGUACUUCGUGGUUGAAACGAGGAUCGAUCAGUUUGGCACGUGGAAGUAUUUACAGCUUUCAGCUAGUCUCUUGUCAAAUGCUUAUGGAGCCGUGCUUGAUGUGUGACAAAUGAGAUCAUACAAGUAUGGCCCACCCUGUAUUGUAUGCAUUAUACACAACAACUUCAGUCUGAUUUCAACAAAUACAUUAUACACAUUUAGCAUUACCAAUCAAUGAGGGAACCAGAGCUCGAAAACAUCGUCUCGGAUCGAGCACUUUUUGUUAAUGUCAUUUGAUGAGAACGGUUGUGAAGGAAUAUCUUUUGGCUUUUGAGGAAUUCCAGUCGUGCUGCACUACGUGAAAUGACUUGUAAGUCUCUUUUUAGAUUUCUACAUGCUUUCUAUGUCUAUCCCAUCAUGAUUACUUUAUUCGCAUAUCUAUCUGCCUUUGCCUCUGGCAACAGUGUUAGAUAAUUAGGGACUGAGACAGUACAUUUUUAUUGAGCCCUACGAGAAUAAAGG